AUGUAUGUCAUCGGUAUCAACAGUCCGAAUAUUCGGCAAGCGUUGUCACAAAACCUGAAGCAUGUCAAUCAACGCAAAUGUCAAUCAACGCCAACAGCAGGUUCAACGACGUUAUCAUUACGCGUCAACGGCCACGAUUGCACAUUUGAGCUCGAUACAGGAGCGGACAAUACCAUUAUCAGUGUCAAGGAUUGUCGAAAGAUCGAAUCACCGACCAUUUACCCGUCAACAUUAAAACUAGAAUAUUACAGUAGUCAACCACUCAGAGUCAAAGGUCAAUGUGACGUCAAUGUUGACUACGGAAGUCAAACGUUUAAUCUUACGACGAUUGUCGUGCAUGGUACAGGAUCACCUCUGCUUGGUCUGCAAUGGUUCGCCACUAUGCAAAUUGACUUGAACCGCAUCGUUCACAGAUCAAAUUACGUUCAACGCCCAGUUUGUAAGAUUUACAAUCAAGUGAAACUUCAAGCAAUGCUGGGAAGACAUAAAACCGCUUUCGACAAAGGACUUGGUCAUUGUACCAAGGUACAAGCUCACAUUCAGCUCAAACGGAACGUCAUUGCGAAGUUCUUCAAACCUCGACCGAUAGCAUUUGCCUAUCUCGAUGGUGUUAAGGAGGAAAUUCAGCGUAUCGUUCAGCGAAUCGACACAUCUACAUGGGCAGCACCGAUAGUACCCGUCGGAAAGCCAACAGGUAAAAUUCGCAUUUGUGAAGACUUCAAAGUCACGAUCAGUUCACAAAUCUGGGUCGAUCAACAUCCUAUUUCGUCGAUCGACGAACUCCUCACGCGUCUCAACAACGGAGAAAAAUUUACCAAGUUGGAUUUGUCAGAUGCCUACCUUCAGGUUGAGCUGGGCGAAGAAAGUAAACAGCUAGUUGUUAUCAAUACACCUUUAGGAUUGUUUCGCUACAAUCGAAUGCCUUUUGGUGUUGCAAACGCACCGGCGCUCUUUCAGCGCUUAAUGGACCAGAUAAUUGCCGGUAUUCUGAAUUGCGCGGCAUACCUAGACGAUAUUAUUAUCACAGGGGUCACCGAAGAAGAACAUCCGAAAACACUUAUCUCGACUCUCGGAAUUCGGAUUUCGAUGCAAUUUGGAUAA